AUGGAGUAUUGGAUUGUAGUCUUGGUUGUGCUCUAUGCAAGUGUGGCAGUAGAUGGUAGCAAGAUGACACUUGCUGAACCUGCUCCUGAGCCAUGCAAGCCUACAAAUGAGGAGGAUAUUGCGAGUUCAGAUCCUCUUGUCAAUCACAUGUUUGAAGCAUACAAGGUGCGUUUAAGUAUAUCUUAUAGUAUAUAGCUUCUCGUGCAAUCGACAGUGCCGCAGCCAGGGGAAGAUCAAAAAGAAAUUUGGUAAAUUCUUUCUGCCCCAUUUUCCAACUGGCUAAUGCCUAGCAGGAAUAUUACCGUAUAACAUCUUCUUCACUUUGUUAUUGUGUUUUUUUUCCCAUCCCGUUUAGAGACAAGCCCAAAGUGAAAGCCCGCCAGCGGAACAUGCCACAACGUUAGCAGAAGUCAAUGCACAUGAAAUGCUUGGACGACUUUUUUUCUUUCUCGACAAACAUUUAAGAGAAACUGGAGGAAACCCACCAUCUGAUUCAACUACAAGAUGGUUCUUUCAUCUUGUACAAGCCGACGAGAAUCGAUGGGCAGCUGAACGAAAGUGGCCAUAUCGUUGUUACAACGUUGAAACUGUGCGGGCACUUGAUCAUUUCUUGGUUGAUGCGAUGAAGUCGAUUAGUCAAAAUGCGAUCCAAGAUAAGCUGGAAUCAGCCAUGCUUGCAUACAGCAUUUUUAUGAGCUUACCUCAAUUUACAAUGUACGUGCAAAACCUUGAAAAAUCGCCACUCCAUCAACUUUGCCCUUUGGUUCAUUCGAGUGAGAAUUUUGAAACAGAUGUGGCUUGGAUGACAAUGAUCAUGGAAGGUAUGUUCCCGAUAGCGGAUACAGCUUGCCAACCACCAUACGAAAACCAGGUAUUCUGCAACCUGCCAGCUACUGUACAUGACCUUGAUACCAUGGUAGACGACUAUAAACGCGCAGGUUCAUCGGAAGAAAUGAAACUGUUUGCUUCCUUCUGGUUCCUAGCACCCGGCCUCUCAAAUAUCUGCGAUGACGCGUUUCGCUUGGAAUUUUCGGCAAACGUUUUAAAACCCCAUGCAAUAUCGGCUGUAGCUCGGUUGGAUGAGAUCACUAAGCUGUCUUCCACACGUGGAAAUGACCUGGAGAUGAUGCGGACAUUUAUCUACGACUAU